GGGAUACAGCAGGCACCGGUCUGGUCUAUGCUGUUGCGUUCACAGACAGCAGUCAUGGACCAGAAGGCCGGGGAAACAGAUGAGGCCUAUCAGGCCCGCAUGUUAGCCUGGAGUACCGAGACAAAGAAGCAGGCAGAUGACGCUGCCGCAGCAGCCAAGAAAAGGGCAGAGGACGCGGAGCAAUCACGUUUGUUGGCCAUGGAACAACAACGCCAGCAUGACGAGGCAGCAGCAAGGGAUGCCGAUGAAGAAAGAGACCAACGUCGUGAGAAGAUAUUUUUCGGAGAGCGGGCAUUACUUACAAUGGCAGCAGAAUGGCGAAGCRAGGCCGAGAAUAGCCAGUUGGAGGAUAGCGCAAACAAGAUAGCGCUCCUCCUCUCGCAUCUCACGGAUCUCCUGGCAACCUGCAUUACACAGCAGGCGGAGAUCCUUGGUCUCGACAACUCGGUAGCUCAUCUCCAAGACCGCCUUCAGCGGGUGGAGCAGCGACCAGUCGCCGCCGCCGGUGCGGGCUCGUCCAAUACUGCCAACCGCCUCACCGCAUUGGAGAUGCACGUCGGCUCCCUCCAGGACGUCGCACAGUUACAACAUCCAGAUGGGCUUCAAGGCCCGGCAUUGAGCAAUGCCCUGACGCAUGUCGAGGACACCUUGACGACGACCGUGGAAUUGUUUGACAAGGCUGCGCAGAUCAUCGUCACGAACAAGGAGGCCAAGAACCUCCGUUCAUCUGCGUCAGGCCCGAGCAGGGACCAGCAUCGGCCAAGAGUGGUUGUGGUCGCAGCGGCAGCGCCGUUAGACCAAWCCAGCGAGGCUGCGUCUGCCAGUGAAGGAGACAGAUUCGCAGCCGCCCAGGAAGGUGGCCGCGCCGGCAGAGGCCGAGGGCGCGGCAAGCCGAAGACACACACCGUUUCUAGCCCCGGGCGCGGUGCAGCAGCUCAGACAGGCCCAUGGACCUCGUAUGACAUCUCCAAGUCCGCAUACAAGGCGCGCGAGAGAUUCCACUAUUGCCUUUGGUGCAGCAACGAUCUUCAUCAGACGCAGAUAGAGGUUUUGGACCCGCUCACAUCUGAGGACUUUGCAUGGCUUCCUCUCCCGACCACAGGCUGUUUGUCGGGACCGCAAUGCGCAGCACUUAGCGCUCAUCUCCACACUUACCUUUCCUUCUAUGCACCACCAACUUCGCCGACGGAAGACGAAGUCGCGGUGGGGGACAUCCUAGCAUAUGUUACCAAGGUGGCCCACGAGUUUCGCACGCAGCGGUACGAUAACAACAAUGCACUGCUCAUGUAUGUCCGCAUCCAGGUUGGGCAAGCGUCCUGCAGCGCUUUGCUGGAUAGCGGCGCGACUCGCAACUUCAUGAGCCAAUCCUUUAUGCAAAGGGCUGGCCUUGGCGCACAGGUUCGGAGGAAGGCAAACCCGACGGCGAUCAAGUUGGCGGACGGUAAGACGCAGCAACUUCUCGACCGUUACAUCGAGGCCGUACCGGUCUAUUUCGCACCUCAUGCAUGCGAACCGGUCACGUUCGAUAUUCUCGACACGGACUUCGACAUCAUUCUGAGAAUGCCUUGGCUUGCAAGUGCGGAUCACACGGUCAACUUCCAUCGGCGGACUCUUAGCGUUCGCGACGCCUUCGGCGCGGAAGUGGCGUGUACGAUUCCUCUACCGCACUCUUCGAUCCGGUGCCAAGUGGUGACGGCCAAAUCAUUCCGGGCGACUUGUGCUUACGAGCAGCCCGAGGAGAUCAGCAUAUGUUUCCUACGGACCGUCGCGGUAGCCGACUCUUCACCCACGGACUUGUCUUCGGACCCCCGUGUGGUACGGUUGCUGGACGAGUUCGCCGACAUCUUCGAGUCACCUACCGGUGUGGUGCCGGGUCGGCCGAUCUCUCACGAGAUCAUUCUUGAGGUCGGUGUCGUGCCGCCGAAAGGUUGCAUCUCUCGGAUGAGCGAGGAGGAGCUUGAGGUACUCCGCGCACAACUCGACGAUUUGUUGGCCAAGGGCUGGAUCCGCCCGAGUAGCUCCCCAUAUGGAGCACCAGUUCUCUUCCUCAGGAAGAAGAACAAGGAUCUACGAUUGUGUAUCGACUACCGCAAGCUCAACGCGCAAACCCCGAAUGAUCGCUACAAAACCGCAUUCAAGACGCGGUACGGGCAUUUUGAGUGGGUGGUCAUGCCUUUUGGCCUCACCAACGCCCCGGCGACAUUCCAGGCGGCGAUGACCAAUGAGUUUCGUGCAAUGUUGGACCGGUUCGUGCUGGUCUACUUAGAUGAUAUUCUCGUCUACAGCCGGACAUUGGAGGAUCAUCUUGGACAUCUUCGACGAAUGUUGGAGACGCUCCGCCGUGCCAAGUACAAGGCCAACCACGACAAGUGCGAAUUUGUCCGACAAGAGCUGGAAUACUUGGGCCAUUUUGUCACACCGGACGGCAUCAGUCUGCUAUCGGACAAGAUUCAGGCCGUCCAAGAAUGGUCGGAGCCUCGGAACAUCACGGAUGCCUACUCGUUCCUCGGUCCUACCGGCUACUAUCAGCACUUCAUCAAAGGCUACUCCAAGAUCGCGGCCCACUUGAACAAGCUUCAGUGCGAGGAUCGGCCGUUUGACUUUGGAGAGGAGGCGCGGGGAUCAUUCCUCGCUCUCAAAGCCGCGCUAUUGUCUGCGGAGGUCUUGCGGAUAUAUGACCURCUCGCGCCUACACGUGUCACUACGGAUGCGUCAGGCUAUGGCAUUGGUGCAGUCCUCGAGCAACAUGAUGGUGUGGACUGGCACCCGGUCGAGUACUUCARCAAGAAAGUGYCMCUCRUGCAUUCCAUUGACGAUGCACGCAAGAAGGAGCUCCUCGCCUUCGUCCACGCGCUCAAGCGGUGGUGGCACUUCCUCCUUGGUCGAAGCCAAUUUCGCUGGGUAACGGACAACAAUCCGUUGGUCUUCUACAAGACCGAAGACACCGUCAACAGCACCAUCGCUCGAUGGAUGGCUUUCAUCGACCAGUUCGACUUCUUUCCCGAUCACAUUCCCGGGAAUUCGAACCGUUUUGCGGAUGCUCUUUCAUGGCGUCCGGAUCAUUGUACUGCGGUCUACUCGACUUUCGAGAUUGACGAUGACCUGCGGAACAGCUUCAUCCGCGGCUACCAAGCCGACCCCGAGUUUCGCGACAAGGAAGCGAUUGCCAUGGACAUCACCGGCCCGUUCCCCAAGCACAAGACCGGAGUGGAUGGGAUUCUCACGGUGGUYRACCGACUCACCAAGUUCGCCAUGUUUUUGCCUUGUCGCUAUCAUGCCAAGGCACCGGAGUUGGCCGAGGUUCUGUACGCCGGUUGGAUUCGCAGCAAGGGUUACCCCAAGGAGAUCGUCUGCGAUCGCGACACUCGGUUCAUGUCCGAUUUUUGGUUGGCGCUCUUCAAGCGAUGGGGCUCAUCUUUCAAGCCCAGUUCAACUCGCCACCCUCAGACCGAUGGCCAGACGGAGAGGGCGCAUCAGACCGCACAGGUUCUCCUUCGCAAUCUCAUCCGCCUCGACCAGAAAGACUGGGUCGAGCGACUGUCGGACGUUGAGUUGGCCUACAACUCUUCCAUCCACCCGGCUAUUGGGAUAUCGCCCUUCGAGUUCGAGCACGGCUCGCCGGUCACGUCACCGUUGGACACGAUUACUCCACGCACGGCCGAGAGCGACGACCAUCUUCUUUUCUUGCGUAGGGAAUCGAUGGAUCGAGAAUUCCAGCUGAGGGAUUGCACGUUCGAAGGAUGGGAACCAAGGCGGAUUAAGGGGGGGGUAGAGAUGCCCUUGCCUGCGGAAUAUGAAUGGAGAGGAGCGACGUGUGACUGGGUCGGGCUUGAGAUCGUACCGGAACUGUCAUACCUAUGGAUAAAACGUGUUUGGAACCCCAUCAGGGAGGAAGAUGGAUGGGAAGACAUCGCAGAAGGGAGAGUGGAGUCGGUAGGGACGGUCGUCUUGUCGGAGCAAGGGUGGCAUCUGUUUUGUACCACGCUUGCGGCGGGACAAGACCCGAUGUGGCUUCUGGAGGGAGCAGAAACGAGGACUCAGAAGGCGGGUGAGAGGUUUGCCAAUAAGGGAUGGGAUGAAGUACACAGCAAGGUUGUAAUGGGGGGAUGGAAAGAGUUUAGACCACCCUGCUCGCGAAAGAGGAUCUGGGUCCCCGAGUUCGUAGUGGACUGGUUUGGGGGUUUUGACCACGUUGCGGAAGUGGCCGACACUAUGGGAAGGGUGCACAUAGACUACACGUGGUUGUCAGAGGAGUUUUACAAAAUGUCGCUGAAGUACGGGCCUUUCCAUGGCGAUAGAGCCUGGGAAGUCCUCAUCAUUUUGAAUCUGGACAGGUUUCGUUGCGAACUGCGGAGUAAGGAGACCAAGGACAAGCGCGCAGUGGCGCGAAGGAGGACGUUUCUUAAAGAUCGCCCACUGGGCAUUGAGCCACCUAGGGAAGUAGAGGGUGGGGUAGAGGUUAGCCUGCCGGCCGUGAACGAAGGAUGGCACCCGGUGGCGGAUUGGGUCGGGGUUGAGCUUAUGGAAAAUAUGGUUUACCUGGUAACGAGGGUCGAGUGGCGCGCAGAUGAGCGUGGGGAAUGGAACCCGGACCCGCGGGGGCAUGUGCGUGUGGAAGGGCGAUUGUAUGUGUCGGAGGACGGGUGGUGGGAGUUCGGAGUCUGGUUGGCAUCAGGUAAGGAUCCAUUGAGUAUGUUUGAAGGGGCAUGGCAGUUAGUGUGGAGGGCAGGGUUCGAAUUUGCGGAUCCGGGAUUUGAUGAUGUAACGACAGACCUUAGGGUAGCUAGGGCCGGAAGUUUUGAAUUGCCUAGCGAAAACAUUUGGAUGAGGCUGCCGCCUUUUUUGCUGGAAAGGCUAGGCGGACUGGAGCUUGUCAGACGAGCGGUAGCUGACCUCGCCAACCUGACAUAUGAAGAAACGGUGAUACACCGAGAAUAGUAUCGGCCCUUCCUAAAGAUGGGGUCGUUCAACGGAGAGCGGAAGUAUGAGGUGCUGCGAAUCCUGCACGCCAUGUUUACCACUAGACCAAGGGCUCCGGUUGUAGGCAGUGAGGUUUUGUGGGCCGUCGUCCGGCGGGAAAUAAGUCGGGGGAUGACGUACGUAGACGACCUACACCGAUUGUAUGAGCCGAUGGAGGUAGGAACAGGUCGAUAGAAGAGCCGAGGAAGGGGAAGGGGAUACAGAGGAAAGGGAGCAUCAAGCUAAGGACCAGGGAGUCGCUCAGGUAAGGAUCGAAGAAUAAAUGAAAUAAGCAAACUCGC